GAAACUAAAUGUGAACUCAAUAAAAUAACAUCCAGGCUCUGCUGAGCCGGAUCGGAUCUGUUGAGCUUCAUUGGGCCGGAACCAAUCCUGCGUAGCCCGAUAUGUAAAACUCAGACGGGAGAACGGAGACAUACGUCCAUAGUUUCCAACUUCCGAGCCAUCGGCAUCCAGAAACCAAGUAGAGUUGGUUCAUUGUAAAAGAAUGAGAAUCGAAGGAGAUACAAGUGUAAAAUUUCUAAUCCGCAAUCUCAAAAAUGGAUACCGAGCUUUGUCUCAUCUUAAAUUGGUUUCAAGUUCGGGGUUUCACUUGUCUGUUGCUGGUUUACUGGGAGUUGCUGGUUUUCUUUUCGCCAUAAAAGAUGGUAAACUGGAGAAUUUUAGUUCUUUAAAAUUGUUAACCGACAGGGAGGAUCGUCCAGAGAAUUUAUUCUUCUUGCCCGGCCUGCAAAAUCUUGGCAAUAAUUGCUUUCUAAAUGUCAUAUUGCAGGCUUUGGCUAGUUGUUCAGAAUUUCGACCUUUUCUUCAAAACGCUAUAGAGGAAUCUAAAUCAUCAGCAGGUGUGGAACAGGAGGAAAAUCUGCCACUUGCAUUUGCUCUAGCUUCUUUAUUGGAAGAGUUAUGUGUAGUUGGUGAACCAAGAGUCGUCAGAAGCCCAUAUAAGGUGAUGCUGGCAAUGACUCCUUAUAUUGGAAAGUUUAAUCUGACAAGCCAGCAGGAUGCUGCAGAAGCAUUUCUACAUCUUUUAUCCUCUUUAAGAGAAGAAUUUUCAGAUUGUUAUCUCCCAAAUCAAAGUACUCUUGCCGAUAUUUUUGCUUCCCCUAAUUCUAGGAUUCGUACUUCUGUGAUAAGUGAGGACCAAAACGAGCAGGAAAGAUGGGAGCAACACUUUCUUGGACCAUUUAAUGGCAUUCUUGGUAGUGUGUUAACUUGUGAAAGUUGUUCAUCUCAGGUUUCGUUGGACUUUCAAUUUUUCCACAAUUUGCCUAUCCCUCUACUGCAUGAUAGUGGUUACACCCUUAGGUUUGGAAUUACUUUGGAGGAUUGCCUGAAGCAGUUUUUUACUGCUGAGCAAGUCGAGAAUUACCAUUGCAGCCGCUGCUGGCACAUUGCUGCAAUGAAGUAUUUAUCCAUGACAGGGGCAGAUGAGAUACAGAUUGGAAAACUUAGGAGAUGUGCUGGAGAAGAUUCCUGUGAUUGUCAAAGUAAAUUUCAUCUUGAAAAUCUACCUUGGUCAAAUAAUUUCUCAUACACUGUAAAACAACUAAGUAUUGCCCGUUGUCCAAAGAUUUUGUGCAUUCAUUUACAACGUGCUUCAAUAAAUCUGUUGGGAGAACCAGUAAAACUGCAGGGCCAUAUUCCUUUCCCAUUGUCUUUGAACCUGUCUCCAUUUAUGACUUCUGGAGUGGGAAUUAAGAAAUGGGAAGAAAGGGCACAAAUUGGGCAGGUGAAGCAGCAAGACCGAAAACCCAGCCUUCAUCUCAAUCACUUUAAUAUGAAAUUUGAUGCAGGAAUGCCAAAUCAUAUUUUUAGGCCUAUGGGUGAAAAUAUUCAUCUAGAAGAAAUGGCUAGAGAUGAAUUUGGAUGCGCUAAACCUGCGGAAGCUUUUGUGGUAGAAGGCUUGUCUGCAACUGAAGGCUGUUUAAAAACUGUGAAUACAGAUAUUAACAUGCAAUAUAACAAGGUGAAUAGGAUUUGCGAGAGAGGAGUUUCAAAAAUUCAUUUAUAUCGUCUUGUUUCUGUCGUGGAACAUUUUGGAAGAGCUGGAGGCGGACAUUAUACUGUUUACAGAAGUGGGAAAGCCAUGGCACACAAAAUGGAGUCUCAGGAUGAUUCCGAGGCUUCUACUUUGCGAUGGUUUUGUAUAUCAGAUUCUGACGUAUCUGUAGUUUCUGAAAAUGAUGUUCUUGCAGCAGAGGCUAGCUUGCUUUUCUAUGAGAGGGUUAUAGAAGGUUGAAAACAGCACUUCUUAUUUGUUAUUGAAAAUUAUGUCUUCCGCUGCCAAAAGCUGCUUCUUCAACCUCAACUCCAAAGUAAUCAACCCUUUAAGGGAUGGGGUAAAAAUAGUUUGAAGCAUUCACAACUUCUAGAGCUUGUACUUCUGUCUGUUAGGAAGUCUGGCCAUUUGAAAUCUCAAAUAAAAAAAAUCACAGGAGGGAAGUGCAGGCAAAAGGGCAUGAGCAUAUUCCACCAUGGCGAUUAUAUGCACAAACACGAAACUGAUCAACUCAAUUCAUAAAAUACGUAUUCCUCCGAUUGUGGAGAAUCAAUUCAAAUGUUCUGAUUUGUAAAAAAUUUAUCUAGGCAGAGUAUGAUUGUUAUAAAGUCAUAAAGAGAAGUACGGUGGAUAUUAUGCUUGUGGGGUGCUUUGUGUUUUGUUUGUGUCGAAAAGUUAUCUCAGCUGAAAAGAUUGUGCGGAGAAAAUUGAGAAUUUUACAGGGCAAGCUGUGGAACAAUUGUAGUUUAGUUUAAAAUUACAGUUCCGCUAUCUGUCAGAGCAUUAUUGGCUACUUUUCAAAUAGCUACUUUUAAAAUUCAUCUUCCAUACAAAAUAGCAGCAGGAAGCAUUGUUUGUUCUGGUUUUUUUAAGGUUGGGGAGCACAGAUAUGUCUAUGAUUUUGACUCAUGUCGUCAAUUGACAAGAUUUGAUUUUGACUUGAGAAAAUCAAACACUGAAUUAUUUGGACACUUAUUUGUAAUCAGAAAGUGAAGCUUUUGCAGA